AUGAGUUCGUAUUUUGUGAACCCUACUUUCCCUGUUUCACUGCCCAGUGGCCAGGACUCCUUCCUCGGACAGAUCCCACUCUAUACAACGGGGUAUGAUGCUCUAAGGCACUUUCCAGCUUCCUAUGGGGCAGCGACGCUCCAGGAUAAGAGUUACUCGUCACCUUGUUAUUACCAACAAUCCAACUCAGUAAUAGCUUGCAAUCGGGCAUCGUAUGAGUAUGGAGCUUCUUGUUUCUAUCCUGAAAAGGAUCUAACCAGUGUUUCGCCAUCCGGGAGUGGGAAGCAUAGAGCUCAGGAUGAUUUCUUUUCCUCAGACCAACAGUACAAAACAGAUUGUGCACAAAACAAAAUUUUAAAUGAGGAAGGAAACGACCGGAAGUACAGUACUCCAAUUUACCCUUGGAUGCAACGAAUGAAUUCAAGUUCUAGUUCUGUCUUUGGGCCUCAUGGGCGUCGAGGACGACAAACCUAUACCCGAUACCAAACUCUUGAGCUGGAGAAAGAAUUUCACUUUAACAGAUAUUUAACCAGACGCCGCCGGAUAGAGAUUGCCAACGCACUCUGCCUCACAGAACGUCAGAUCAAGAUCUGGUUUCAGAAUAGGAGAAUGAAGUGGAAAAAGGAAAACAAACUUCUAAACACAACAGAAUCCAACAGCGAAGACGCAGAGGAUAAAACAGGGGAGUAA